AAUUUCUCUUCUAAAGUUCGUUUCAGUUGUUAGAUGAAUUCGAAUAAAGUUAAUCAAGAAACAGUUUUAAAGCAGCUCAUAUCAGUUCUAGUUCAUGAAAAGUUAAAAAGUAUUUUAAAGAAUAGUAGCGUUAUUGUGGACGAGAAAAUGAAAAUGGAUAGCCAACUCCUGAGUUCCAAGAAGCGACUUUCUUCUCUGUUCAGACGCAUCGUUCACCACAAGUCAACGAACGAGCAUCAGAAUAAUAAUAUUUUAAACUCUAAAAAAACUAAAGUCACAAAAAGUCAGGAGCAAGUUGAGAAAACAGAACAAGAUCAACAGUGUAAUAAAGAGAACAUUCACGAACCUGACCCUCUGAUGACUGUUGAGUCUUGCAUUCUCACAACACCACCCAACUCGCCCUGCUUAACAACGAUCCUUAAAAAGUCCCAAACGGACCCGUCGUGCAGGCACAUGUCAUCAUCCCAGCGACAUGCCACCUUCAAAGAAAUUGUAAAAGUUCACGAAUAUGUUAUUCAAGAUUCAAUGUCUCUGACGGCUGAGGAGCACUACACGAGUGAAGCUUCACUUACAGAUGAAGAUGAAAAUAUUCACCCGGUCAGGAAAGGUUUCUACUUGGAUAAUGGAGUGACCGAGGAAGAUGAGGGAGAAGGUGGUGAAGAUCUUGACCGACAAAUUACCCCAAGUGAUGAGUCUUUCUAUAAACCGUCACCAUUAACUAGAGCUGAGAAGGCCAACAUUUUUGCAAAUCUCAACAACCCGACUGUGGAUGAGGAGGAUGACGGGCAGAAUAGUGACGACAGCCAAAAGUUAAUCUCCACUUUAAAAGCGAAAAAAUUUCAGCACUGCAAGUCUUCACCGACUGUCGGCAAGAAAUCAAAAAAGACCCAACAGCAACAAAACCACCAUGUAAAUAAGACUAAGAAGAACAAAGUUGAAGAGCUGCCCGAUGACCUGAUGUUUGAUUUCGCUUGUUGCUGA